GUAGGUGUGUGUGUGUGUUGGAAAAAUACUGCAUUUAAUCAUUAAAACAUCUUUUGCUGAAGCCUUGUUAGCUGUGCUAUAGCCUUGAAGUUUUCUCCCUUCUGCUCUGCAAGAAAUAGGGAGUACCAGUGUGUAGCAUCCUUAUCUGAUGAGCCCAAUGCUUGCUUUGUGCAGAGAAUAUUUCCUACGUACUGUGUGACUAUGCACCUCCCAGAAUGCAAUACAUAUUAUGAGCUGAAUCCCUGUAUUCUCUUCAGUGAGAGGAAGUUGCCUUUGCUGUAAACUGCUCACUCCUUGCAAGUAAAAUCCUGAAGAAGGUCUCAACUGAUUGUGUCUGCUUUAUUUAAGAUUUACGAAGGGAACUAACAAUUUCCCUAACAUAAUUGGGGGCUCGUCCGGGAUCCCAAGAUCCUCUCUUUGCCGGGACAUCGAGUCGGCGACUGAAGUCUGUGCACAGCCAGGUUUGGAACCUGCAGAAAAUCCUGGGAGGUGAAUUCCUGCCCAGGUCAGACGUCGGCUGGUGGUCCGACGAGGCGAGGUGACGGGAUCCUGAACCAGGGCCAGGACACAAAUCAGGCGAGUAUGAAAAGAGUAAAUCCUAAGGUAUCUUAAAUUCCGUGAGUGGCUCACGAGGUAAAAGAAGACUGGGUCUUCAGAAAAGUUCCGUGACGAGGUCACGAGGGAAAAGAGGACGGGGUCCUCGUAAAAUAGAUUAAUGAUAGUUUGUCUGAUUGAAGCAGCGGCAGAGUGGAAACCUAACGGUGUUAACGUAAACUCUGUGAUCAGUUGAAGUAAAUCAGACUAUAUAAAUAAGUGUUAUUGUUUGUCGGUCUCUAAGUUAAUUUUAACUUCUUAGAGGAAGUCUCAGAGACCUUUUGUGUUGUGUGUCUGAUUGAGAUCAAAAUUGAGAGGUUGGUUUACUGAGACAGCUGUGUCCGCAGGAAACUAGUUCCUGUAGAAGCUUGGCACAGUCGAUGAUCUCUGUGAACACUGUGACUGAUCGUUGAUCUCAAUCCUCGUAGUGAAGCAAAUUAAAGAACACUAAGGGUGAAAACCUUGAAGGUGAUUCCAAAUAUAUGUCUAAAAGACAUUCUCAGUCGACUAUAAUAAUAUAUACAUACCUUACCUUAGUGGAAAAAAAAAAUUGGAUUUGAUGGAAAUUUAAAAAAGUAGAAUUGUGUAAAAAAUUUGAUGGAUAAAAGAACUAACUGAUAACUGAAACAGUUAAAAGAACAAGAUGGGGAAUAUAAUAAAGGGACCAGUUAAAAAUUCAUGCUAUAUGCACAACAAAAUUUUGAAUUAAAAAUAAACACUAAAGGGGUGUAUAAGUAUGGAACAAAUUAAGUGAUUAAAAUUAAGACAUAAAAAAUAUUAAUGAAAUGAUAGAAAUAUUAGAGAAACUAUAUAAUAGAUAUAAUUUAAUAAUUGUUUUAUAUUAAUAUAAAAAAUAACCUAUAAUACAAUAAUAAUAUAAUUGAUGUGCUUAAAUAUAAAUAUAAAGGCAUGCGUCAAUUAAAACAUAGGAAAGAACAAGCUCAUUGAUUAAUUAGAUGGAACGUUGUGGAAGUGGUGCACGAAUAUUAACAUUCUGUUAUAAUUCCAUAUUGUUAAAAUACUUUGUGAUGUAUGAAACUAACAGUCUAUUUUCAGAUAUUGAAUACAAAUCAAUGAAAUAAAGCAAAAGCAACAAUGUUUGUUGUAGACAGUGAAGAAUGCUAUUGGCAAGAUAACAGUGGACAGAGAGGACGUUACAGAAAAAGGUUUAGAGGAUGUGGUGGACGACCAUUUAGGGUGAGAAAAGUGAGAGUGACGUUGAUGAGGAAGAACCUCAAGUAAAAGUGUACUUAUGUGAAAGACUGCAUGAUUACCCAAACCAUAUUUGUCAAAAAGGAAAUGAAAAGAGUGUAUGAUUGGAAUCCAAAACAAGUGUAAAUACAGCUCAAUGACGGUGUGAAAGAUAAUAGCUCUGAACUGGACAACCCAGGCUGUGCCCACAGCCCACCUUAGAGGAAAUCCCUAUAAAUCAGAAUGAUGUUAUGUUAAUCUCGGGGUGAACCAGGAUGAGUUACAGCAGAUUCCUUCCUAAUAAUCUCCUCUAUGCACCAUUUGUGCAAAUCAGAACAAUAUUUAAAUUUAACAACCCUUCCAAUGCCUUCCAUAUGUCAAAUGUGUUAAAACAUCACAAGAAAUGUUUUUCUGAAAAUGCUUUUCAAGACAUGCCUUGCCCACAGGAGGGACCACUGCAGGUUGGUGACUGGGUGUUCACCAGAGUCAUAAAGCGCAAGAACUGGACCUCACCCCGGUGGGAAGGCCCGUAUAGAGUGACGCUGACAACACCUACAGCCUGCAAAGUCGAAGGCAUCUCCCGGUGGAUACACAACACAGACUGCAAAAAGACAACAGGUACAGGCAACCGAGUAGUAUUGUCCAUGAGAAAAAACCCAACCGAGGGAGGGGAAAAGUCUGCCUACAAAGGGGGUCAGCAGCAUUUAGAGCACUGGUCGUCUCAACGGCAGUGAAGAAACCAGCGGUACCUUCUCUCACUUAGGGGGACAUUCUCAUAAGGAGAUACUAUGAGGGGACACUGUCCAGCCACGGGAGUUGUACUAACUGCCCUUGUACUGUUGAUUGAUGCUAGGCCACUCCCUGACCUCAUCCAGGAUGAGGAGAGACCUCCUGACCAGUAUCACACUAACUCGUGGUAUCGUUACAUGAAGUUUCUUGCUAAACAGAGCACUCAUAAUUUUACUGAAAGUGGCUGUUAUGUGUGUGGAAACAUGCCAAAAUCUGUUGCGAACCCCGAUGUACAAAUUCAGCCUGUAGACCCACAGCGAGAGCAAUUAUAUCCAGACACUUUACGUUCACUGGUGUCACCUGAUGCUUUCUAUGCCUCUUUCCGAGGUCAAACGAAAGGACUAGUUCCACGUCCUCCACCAUACCAGGGUCGUAAUUAUACACGGUUUUUGAGUGCCAACUUCUCCACAGAAAUCUUAUUUGAUCAUGUUCCUUUUCCUCCUCAGUUCAAGGGACACUGUUUCCAGAGCAGCAGCUUUUCUCUUUUAAAGAAUAAGGAUUUAGCCAUCUCAGUGGGGGAAGUUCCCCUGAAACACUGCCAGACUGUGAAGAUGCCUUGCACUCGCAGUGCCACCCAUUUCAACACUUCUGAGGCACCAAAGGGGGUUCAGUGUGUCCCUUAUUAUGAUGGUCCUGAUUUCAUGGGGACUCUUCCACAGUCUGAUAUCAAUUAUGUUUGUGGACACACAAUCUAUGUGCAUCUUCCACCCAAUUGGGUAGGACGCUGUGCCCCUGUUUAUGUUUCAGAUGGCUCCUACGUGAUAACACCACAGCAGAUGACUUCCAAGGGACGGCUACGGAAGCGAGAGAUUGAUCUGAAGGAAAGUGAUCGGAUCUGGGGAUCAGACGUUCCCAUAGACAAAAAGCUCUGGACUACAGGCCAGAAAAUGGCACUAUCCCUAUUUCCAAGGACCGCCUGGUGUUAGAUCUGCUCACUGCAAGCCAAGGUGGAGUGUGUGCAAUAGUGGGCCCCAAGUGCUGCACAUACAUUCCAGGAGACGACCAAGACGCAAAGGUCACCCAACAGGCACUCCGUGACCUACAGCACAUAUCCAAUGUGCAGGCGGCUGAUGUAGUGAAAGACAAAUCCUGGUUUGAUUGGUUUAGGUCUGGCACAUGGACAUUCUGAUGAAGAUUUUUGGACCGAUUCUACUGAUUCUUUUGGUUCUGAUGCUGAUUGUGUUGUGCGUAAUUCCCUGUUUGAGGGCCAUGAUCAUCAGGAUGGUGAAUCAAGGCCUUCUCAGGGUGUGCGCAGUCAUGCACUCUCGGCAAAUACUCUAUACACCUUUGAAGCUCGAUAACUGUGAAGAGGAUCUCCACGAUGUCGACGGAAAUGGACGCUAAGCUGUACAUAUUGUGCUUCUGUGCUUUUGACCCUGCCUACGACGUUGCAACAUUUAUUUCAUGUUUUAUGAUGACUGCACUGAAAAUCGAAAGAAGUUGUGCUGUUCUGAUGUAUGCAUGAUUGUUUAAUGAAUGUUUCAAUGUUAAACAGGAGGGAAAUGUUGGAAAAAUACUGCAUUUAAUCAUUGAAACAUCUUUUGCUGAAGCCUUGUUAGCUGUGCUAUAGCCUUGAAGUUUUCUCCCUUCUGCUCUGCAAGAAAUAGGGAGUACCGGUGUGUAGCAUCCUUAUCUGAUGAGCCCAAUGCUUGCUUUGUGCAGAGAAUAUUUCCUACGUACAGUACUGUGUGACUAUGCACCUCCCAGAAUGCAAUACAUAUUAUGAGCUGAAUCCCUGUAUUCUCUUCAGUGAGAGGAAGUUGCCUUUGCUGUAAACUGCUCACUCCUUGCAAGUAAAAUCCUGAAGAAGGUCUCAA